GUCUGAAUUAUAGAAAGGUACUUGACGACGCCUUGACAGAUAAGCAAGAUGUACCCCUUGGCGCUAAAUCCCUACCCGCACCGCCGAAGAAACGGGAAAUAAUCCUAUUCGCUGUCGUGUUAUUCUCCCUUUUGGCGUUGUUUGAUGUCUUCAGUGUCCGAGGAUCACUCUCCGGUAGUUUCUCUGGAUUGUUUUUCAACCAGGCUGAGGACUUGGCCGGCGACCGAGAGAAUUGGAGAAUCCACGCGGAUUGGCCGGCUGAACAAGAUGCGAUGUCUCAGACAAACAUCGUGAUCCACGCUCCAGGAUGGACGAUAUUUGAUAACCUCUACGUCAUGAAUGGGACUGUUUUCGUGGUGACAGACAAGCCUGAGACCGUCCCGCCACGCAAAAUGUUGACUUCUACCGGCGUCGAGAUAAAGAACGACCCGGCAUCCAUAGCUGCACGACUUCCAACCGACCGAGAAAUGCGUAUUAUCUCGACAGCAGAAGCCAGGGAACUGUUUAGCACUGAUGCGACGCUGAUAGACGGUUUCACAUGGAUGGUCAACGACCCACCGCAAUUCAUCCCGCACUACUACCACUGGACUGCGGAGCUCUUCCUUGGCUUUUGGCGGACCUACUCUUCUCUAGAUCCUUCCAUCUCCGAGUCGGGGGAUACUGUUCUCCCCUCCCCUCGACGCAUUUGGUUCGUACACUUGGACGCUAGUCGGUGGCGCGAUCCUGCACGCCUGAACCAGUGGAUGCUCAGAAGUACCUUUCCCUCGGUGACCAUUGAAGACUCCAAUGACUGGGAUGAUCGCGCUCAGCUGGGCAGGGCAUUUCUUCUCGACCGUGUCUUCCUUUCAGAUCGAGCAGCUGCCAAAGAAGGGCAGCACUCUAAAAAGGUGGGACGACCUCUGGCUGAGGCGUGCUCACUUCCUGGUACCCCUCAUUGGUGGGCCCCUAUUGCAAGGAACGUCAUGAAGUUUGCAGGGCUUUCCGAGUUGCCUAAUAUGGAACGUCCUGUAAUCACGUAUAUAUCGAGACAGUCAAGUGGGCGAAGGCUCAUAGCCGAGGACCAUGAGCUGCUGGUCGAGGCUCUGUAUGCACUGGAAGACGAAUAUGGGUAUGAAGUGAACAUCGUGAGUAUGGAGAAGCUAUCGCGAGAAGAACAGAUGAAACUGGCAGUGCGGACAACAAUUAUGUUGGGCGUACACGGAAACGGACUGACCUCAGUCGUCUGGAUGCGCCCAUCGAAACAUAGGACGUUGAUGGAGUUUUACUACCCAGGCGGGUUUACGCCCGAUUACCAAUAUACUGCGUACACAGUGGGGGUAAACUACUAUGGUUGGUGGGACAAUGUGUCGUUUACGAAUGAAAAUUUACCCCGUAAAGCGUAUCCCAAAGGGUUCCACGGGAGCCAAAUACCCAUUGAUGGUGUUGCCGUAGCGAAGGCCUGUCUGGAGAUACUUCAGACAUAAUGUUACUGGUACUUGUCAGACAGUUCCCAUCAUCCGCUCGCAGGUUUUAUAAGGGAGACUGUAUGUACGUUGGAAUGGGUUCACGUGUGAAUCGCUAUUAGAUGCUGUUAUUGGCAUUCGGUACUACGCGGUCCGAAUAGACGAAUCCAUGUGAAGUUUAUUGCUGCA